AUGGAAGACGACUUCAAGUUGUCCAAUCAGAGUCAAGAUAUCCUGGCAGAGGGGCGGGAUCGCAGGACAGAUGGAGCUAACCAGACAGUGGGGGAGGAACGAAAGAUGAAACAGCCAAUAGAAGAGCUGAAGCCUGGGUUGGACAUGAUUUACACCAUAGAGGAUGUCCCGCCCUGGUACCUGUGUAUCCUACUAGGACUGCAGCACUAUCUGACAUGCUUCAGCGGGACGGUGGCGGUGCCGUUCCUACUGGCCGAGGCCAUGUGUGUCGGCCGGGACCAGAACACCAUCAGCCAGCUGGUCGGCACCAUCUUCACCACGGUGGGCAUCACAACCCUUAUCCAGACCACUGUGGGCGUCAGACUGCCUCUGUUCCAGGCCAGUGCGUUUGCCUUCCUGAUUCCUGCUCAGGCUGUUCUGAGUCUGGAGCGCUGGAAAUGUCCCUCUGAGGAGGAGAUUUAUGGGAACUGGAGUCUUCCUCUCAACACCAGCCACAUCUGGCAACCACGCAUGAGAGAGAUCCAGGGGGCCAUCAUUGUGUCCAGUAUUGUGGAGCUUCUGGUUGGUCUGUCCGGGUUGCCAGGUUUGCUGCUGGAGUACAUCGGGCCGCUGACUGUCACCCCGACCGUCUCCCUGAUCGGCCUGUCUGUCUUCACCACAGCUGGAGACAGGGCCGGCUCCCACUGGGGCCUGUCAGCGCUGUGUAUUUUGCUGAUCGUGCUGUUUGCUCAGUAUCUGCGGGCGACAUCACUUCCUGUUCCUGUCUACAGCAGGAAGAAAGGAUUGACCUCCAUCAGAGUUCAGAUCUUCAAGAUGUUCCCUAUUAUUUUAGCCAUCAUGGUGGUUUGGCUGGUGUGCUACAUCCUCACGCUGACCAACGUCCUGCCCAGCAACCCCGAUCACUAUGGGCACAGGGCGCGGACCGACGCCCGCGGUGACAUCAUGGCCUCGUCACCCUGGUUCAGGGUGCCCUACCCCUGCCAGUGGGGGUUGCCAGUGGUAACGGUUGCUGGGGUGAUGGGGAUGAUGAGCGCCACGCUGGCGGGCAUCGUGGAGUCGAUUGGGGAUUAUUAUGCAUGUGCCCGCCUCUCUGGAGCCACACCCCCUCCGGUCCACGCCAUCAACAGAGGGAUCUUCACUGAGGGCGUCUGCUGCGUCAUCGCCGGUCUUUUAGGAACAGGAAAUGGAUCCACCUCCUCCAGUCCAAACAUUGGCGUUCUGGGCAUCACCAAGGUGGGCAGCAGGCGGGUGGUGCAGUACGGAGCAGCCAUCAUGUUCCUGCUGGGCUCGGUGGGGAAGUUCACGGCUCUGUUCGCCUCGCUGCCGGACCCGGUGCUGGGAGGAAUGUUCUGCACGCUGUUCGGUAUGAUAACGGCGGUGGGUUUGUCCAACCUGCAGCUGGUGGAUUUGAACUCGUCCAGAAAUCUGUUUGUUCUCGGGUUCUCUAUGUUCUUUGGUCUGACACUGCCAACAUACCUGGACCAACACCCUGACGCCAUUUACACAGGUGUGGCAGAACUGGAUCAGAUCCUGACGGUUCUUCUCUCCACUGAGAUGUUUGUUGGAGGAUUUCUGGCCUUCUGCCUGGACAACACCAUCCCUGGCUCCAGACAGGAGCGAGGUUUGGUCCAGUGGAGAUCUCCCCUCUCCUCCUCCUCGUCCUCCUCCUAUGACUUCCCUUUUGGGAUGGGUGUGGUGAGGAGGACCCGCUGGCUGCGCUGGCUUCCCAUCAGCCCCAGCUUUCAGGGCUUCCCAGCCUGGGCCGACGCCCCCCAUCCCGAGGAGUUAAGACCAGUAGAGACCAGCUGA